AAAAUUUAAAUAUCUUUUUAAAUAUUUGUAUGUUAAUCUUCUUAUGUCUGGAUGAAGAUUAGUAAAUAUAUUAUAAAACAAGUAAUAACUUUAAGUAGUUUUAAAGAAAGCAUUUACAUAGAAAAAGUUGUGUACACGACUUUAAUUAUUAUUCUUAACUAUGGCAUCCAAAAUUGAAUGUGUUCUCAAACAAGCUUUGAUUACUUUUUCCGGGUCUUAUACAUCUAAAGCUUUUCAUGAUAAUUUGGUGAAACUUAAACGAAAUGCCAAUGAAUUAGAUGCUCGUUCAAUUAAUUUAGAUAAUAGAUUAUUGAAAUGGGAUACUCAAGAAUUGAAUUGUAAUUUGGAUAAAUUAUCUGGAAAUACCAUAUUUUGUCAUGUUAAAGCACCAGUCACUUAUAUAGAAGUAUAUGAAGAUAAUAAUGUAUCUAUUGGAAUAUUUGUUCUAAGAGAAGGUGCAAAAAUUCCUUUACAUGAUCAUCCAUAUAUGUAUGGUGUUUUAAAAGUUAUUCAUGGAAAAGUUAAAAUACAAAGCUAUACACCUAAGCAAACACUCUAUAAUCAACUAAACGAAUGUAUAAUAGAUGUUAUCAAAUUACCUCCAUUAAUUGUGAAUGAAUCAGAUGAACCAUGUGUUUUGUGUCCAACUGAAGGAAAUAUUCAUCAAGUUGAUAUAGUUGAUGGACCAGCAGCAUUUAUUGAUAUUUUAGCUCCACCUUAUAGAACUGAAAUUCCUGAUGUAGGUAAACGAAACUGCAGAUAUUUUAAAGAAGUAAAUGUCUCUGAUGACCUAAAACUAGUAGUGAUACCUGAUCCUAAAGAUUAUUGGAGUGAUACAGCUACUUAUACUGGACCACCAUUAAAGUCAUUUGUUGAUUCUAAGUCUUGAAUAUUACUUAAUGAUAAAAUAUUUUAACAGUAAUAUAAAAAACUGUAUUAUAUAUAUAUACUAGUCAUUAGUGCUCAAAUUUUAUUAUUUUACUCAUUAAUAAUGUAAAAUAUCUACUGUAACAUUAUAAUAAGCUGGUAUUAAAAAUUCAAAAACA